UACCAUUUUUUUAGAACCUACAAAAAUACUAAAAUUCUCCAUAUUAUAUUAUUUUUUUUAACAUCCAACCAUGAACCGCAUGCUGAACGGCCUUUUGGGCAAAGGACUAACUUUGACCCGCGGAAUCGCUUCUCGAGCAAAGGUCAGCCAGCAGGGCUUUGUCCAUCCGGAAAAGCGACGCACCUUUCCCAUCGUCUACUUCAACUGGAAAGAGGUGCCCCAGACAUUAGCCCAGAAGGUGAGGCAGGAGACAGAGAUCAAUCCCCAAAUUGUGGCAACCUCCGGUGGCAGGGCACGCAGGCGAAAGUGUGGCUUGCGGCAUUUUUUCCAGGAUAAGAGCAGUAUCCUUUUCAGCGAUGUGCAUCGAUGGUCGGAGUUUCGUCGAAAAUUAAUCUAUGGCGUUUACUAGCAACUUUCAAGGAAAGUUUUUAAAUUCAUUCAGCAUUAGAAGUGUCCUGCAGUGUAAACUAUCCUUUGGUUAGGAUUGGAUUUCUCUUAUCAAAGUAUUUUAUGCGGAAGUUCAAUCCUAGCUAAAGGAUAUUUUACCCUGCAAAACAUUUUGAUAGAACUAAGUCUGCGAAAUAAAAUCAUAAAUCAUGUAGUUCUUUAAAUA